UUGGAUUAUUUUUCGUCUUCACGCGCAUCUGAACGCGCGACUCUCCCAGCGUCAAAGCCGCAGAGACCCGCACGGACGGACGGAUGAUGAGGUCUCCGGGGGUCUUUAUCGGUUUACGGAGCUGCUGGGUCACAGAGGGGAACGGGAUUCGGUAAUACAAACACCCCGCUCCAUCCCACCCCACACCCACGCUGACAGAAUCUGGGUUUUGCGCACUUGGUGAUCCGGCGGUCCCUCCAGGCGCUGCUGCAUUCAUUCGGGAGUGAGAGCGCGCGGCUGACGCGCACGUCCCGGUUCCGCGAUGGUUCUGUGUCACCUGCGCGUCUGAUGAGUCCGCCCGCAUCAGCAGCAGCAUGUCCUCGCGGAAGAUCUCCUCCGAAUCCUUCAGCUCCAUGGGCUCGGACUACCUGGAGAGCCCCGGGGAGGACGGAGAGUGCCCGUUCUCGCGCGUCUUCUGGAACGGCAAGAGCCCCGUGGAGACGCUCUCAUGUCCUUUCGAGGACGCGGCGGUCAGCAGGAGGGUCGCCCGCCGUAAACGCGUCAACCUGGACUCGCUCGGGGAGAGUUUGAGACGCCUCACCUCACCGACGACCCAGACCAUUCAGCUGGCCCUGCAGAGAACAGUGGAGUUUUACAGACAGAGGGAAAUCAGUGGACAAGAGUUUGUACGAAGCUUGUCAGACGAGCAGAAGUGUUUGUUUGAGAACUCUCGCUGCGACAGCCAGACUGACAUCUCAGGAAUACUGAAAUACACAGCAACUAUUUUAGGCGUGGACUUCGCCGCCAUUCGUGGCCGAUUCGGGGAGGAAUUCUUCGGUUUGUGUCUUGAGGAGAAUGAGAGGGUUCUGCGAGCUCUCGGCGGGAACCUGCAGGACUUCUUCAAUGGUUUUGACGCCCUACUGGAACACAUUAGAACGUCCUGCGGUCGCCGGGCUUCGUCCGAGGCUCCCUCUUUCCUAUGCAAAGAUGCUCCUCAGGAGAAGGUGGAGACGAGCGCGGAGAGCGACGGAGGACGGACUCUUCUCCUCCACUGCUUCAACCCUGACCCUACCGUGGGCGUGGCCAUGCCGGGAUUGAUUCGAGCCGCCGCCCGUCGCAUUUACCAAUCAGAUGUCUUGGUGGAGGAAGCUCCUCCCACAUGGCUGCACACAGCCAAUGAGGAUGGCGAGCUCUCGGCGGACUCCUCCCCCGCGUCAUCUCCAUCUCCGCCGUCAUCUUCAUCUCCUGCCUGUUUGUCCUUCCUCAUUCGAGAGGUUCGGACUCAACCUGCAUCCUCGUCGUCGCACCCUCGCCAGCUGUCGCGCUCGCCGCUGGAUUUGCGCAUCGGUCUGAGCACGUUUUGCCGGGCCUUUCCCUUCCACCUGGUGUUGGGACCCAACAUGGAGGUUCUGCAGGUCGGGGAGGGACUCCGGAAACAGGCCAAGAGCGACCCGCACCGAACACUCACAUUCAGCAACAGCUUUGAACUGGUGUCUCCCAGAAUCCCCUGUUCCUUCCAGAACAUCCUCCUGCGGCUGUCCACGCCGUUCACCAUUCGUACACGACCAGACGGAUCGGCACUCGACGGCAGAGAGAAGGUGAUGGAGCUCAAAGGUCAGAUGCUUCACCUCCCUGAAUCCAACUCCAUCAUGUUCCUGGGCUCGCCACGUGUUGAUAGGCUGGAGGAGCUCAUGGGGCGGGGCUUACAUCUGUCUGACAUCCCUAUUCAUGACGCCACACGUGAUGUCAUUCUGGUCGGUGAACAGGCCAAAGCUCAGGAUGGACUGAAGAAGCGAAUGGAUAAGCUCAAAGCCACCCUGGAGAAAACCCAUCAGGCUUUAGAGGAGGAGAAGCGGAGAACAGUCGACCUGCUGUACUCCAUCUUCCCCGGCGACGUGGCUCAGAGACUGUGGCAGGGCCUUCCCGUUCAAGCCAAGAAGUUUGAUGACGUCACCAUGCUGUUCUCUGACAUCGUGGGCUUCACGGCCGUGUGUGCGCAGUGUACGCCCAUGCAGGUCAUCAGCAUGCUGAACGAACUCUACACGCGCUUCGACUACCAGUGCGGAAUACUGGACGUCUAUAAGAUUGAAACUAUAGGUGAUGCAUACUGCGUGGCGGGCGGGCUCCACAGGAAGAUUGACAGCCAUGCUAAGCCAAUCGCGCUCAUGGCCCUGAAGAUGAUAGAGCUGUCCGAAGAAGUGCUGACGCCUGAUGGGAAGCCAAUCAAGCUGAGGAUCGGCAUCCACUCAGGCUCAGUGCUGGCUGGUGUCGUCGGUGUGAAGAUGCCGCGCUACUGUCUGUUUGGAAACAACGUCACGCUGGCCAGCAAGUUUGAAUCGGGCAGUCACCCGCGCUGCAUCAACGUCAGCCCCACCACAUACCAACUCCUGCGUGACGACCGCUCGUUCACCUUCAUCCCUCGCUCCAGGCAGGAGCUUCCUGACAACUUCCCCAAAGAGAUCCCGGGAAUCUGCUAUUUCCUGGAGGCGGGGAAAUGCCAGAGCCACGCCUCUCUCACCAGCACUCGCUCCGCCCCCAUCCGGAAAGUGUCCUAUAACAUUGGGACCAUGUUUCUACGGGAGACUAGCCUCUGAGACGGCCCCGCCCAUUCGCUAUGACAUCACGUCCUGUAGACUAGUGUUGCCUGUGGCAACUCGCUGCCCCGCCUCUCGACCGGAGCGUCGUCCCCAGAGGCGUGAACUCACGCGGAGGGGGUGGAGAGAAUGGCCCUGCCCUGGCCCCGCCCUUUAAAGGAGCCAUGGAUAAUUGUGUUCUGAAAAUACAAUAAAAACAAAUAUAUAUAGAUAUAUAUUUAAAAUAAAGCCUUCUGCUCAACGGCAUAGCCAAACAAAGACAUACAUGGUGUACACAUGCCAAUACUACAGACAAACUCAUGUAAACACACAUACAUUUCUUGCAGCAUUGCAGGUUUCACAUGGAUAACUUGGUGCCUUUACCUCCCAAACACACACACACUCACACUCACACACACACACUCCACAAACACGCAUUUAUCUCUACACAUUUGCCGCCAUUAACCGCUGUUAAAUCCUUUGUGUGUGUGUAUCCUCUAUUAACCAUUGUUAGAUCCCUUGUGUUUGUGUGCGUGUCCUACCAUUAACCGCUGUUAGAUUGUGUGUAUGUGUGUGUGUUUGCCCUCCUGUUUGUGUGCAUUUUGUAUGUGUGUGAAUGUGCUCAGUUUGGCCGUUUCAGACAUCUCACAUCUGCGGCAUGUUUUUAUUUUAGCUUCUGAAAUAAGUCGCAGAUCUAUGUAGCAGAAACAUAGCUGCGUGAAUGUGCACUGUUAACUUAUUUAAUCAGCGUUAUUAUUUUGCAAUAUAGGCUUUUUUGAAGCUUCAUUGAUGCAGGAUACAUGCAGUGAAAGGGUCACAAAUACUGUUCAGUAAAUUCAGAUUGAAUCCAGAUGAUUUAAGCAGUUUAUAGAUGCACUUUGUGUAUCAUGUAGAUUAAGUAUUAUUUGUAUGUAAAUGUGAUUGUCAUGCAAAUUUUAUGCAAAAGUUUAUAAUAGUUCUCAAUAAUCCAUUCUAAAUCACUAUUUUAACACUUCAUGACUGAUAUUAAAUGCAAAACUGUAAAUCAGGAAUCACUUUUAUGCGACAAACGCUGAGAGAACUCACAUGGUGCAGAUAGCAGAUGUGUGAAACAGGUCGUGUGUGUGUGUGUGUGUGUGUGUGUGUGUGUGUGUGAGAGAAUACAGUUUGAGGUCACAGGAUGUGGUAAUGUCAUCAUUCAUUUCGGUCACAUUUGAUUAAUUCAAGAUCACAUCCAGACGUGUCAGUCAUUUUUAUCAGGAUGCCAAUAAAAUCGAUUAAUUUAA